UAGCUGCUACUCAAACCAAAAACUUACAUAGAACAAAAAAAAAAAGAGAGAUGAAGCUGCUUCAUCAAUUUAGCCAUCAACAUCCACUGAUUUUCAAUGAAGAACAAAGCCAUGAAAGUGAGAAGCAGGCUUAUUGCUCAGCAUGUGGGGAGUUGCUGUCGGGUCCAAGCUUCAGCUGUGUGGAGUGUGGGUUUUACCUUGACAUGAGGUGCGCCGAGGCACCUUCACAGCUAAAUCACCCCUUUCACCGCAACCACAGUCUUGAUCUUCUAACAAGCUCGCCAUAUAAGACAGGUUCGUGUACUUGUCAUUUCUGCAACAAAAAGUGUGAGAAGUUUGUUUAUGAUUGUUCUUGUACUUUAAACCUUCAUAUCAAAUGUGCUUUGUUUUCGUAUAACAUGGCUGAAAAAAGAAUUGGAGAGCUUCAACAAAUUGCCCGUAUAGAUCCAUUGAUCUGUACGGAAAAUGGUAAUGAAGAACUCAAAAGAGCUAAGUGCUUUGCAUGUUGGAAGCCGUUACUAGAUUCUGCGUACUUAUCUCUUGAUUGUGGGUUUUACCUACAUGUGGAAUGCACUGAUCUACCUGUGGAAAUCAAUCACUUUUUUCAUCAUGAACAUCCUCUUAUUUUACGGUUUUGCGGUGAAUAUUUUGACAACAUUCGCCAGCGUCUCCCUUGCAACAUUUGCAACAUAACCCCACGUAAGGGAAUUUUUUAUUGUUGUUCAAUUUGCAAGUUUGCUCUUCACAUUGAAUGUGCAUCACCAACACCACCAAUUAUUGAAGAUAAAAAUCAUCAACACCCUUUCACCCGACUUCGGAGACGUGUCCCAUUUGUUUGUGACGCAUGUGGCUCUUCAGGAAAUCAUGUAUCCUACAUUUGUUCUAUAUGUGACAUUAUGGUCCACAGGAGUUGCAUUUCAUUACCACACAUCCUCAAACACCCAGGGCAUUUUGAGCACCCCAUUUCCCACACCUAUUUCUUAGGGCAAGAUAAGUUUAAAUUGUGGGAAUGCAGAAUUUGCAAUCUAGAGGAUGUGAAUUCAAAUUAUGGAAGCUACUAUUGUUCUGAUUGCGAAUAUGUUGUCCAUGUGAUUUGUGCAAUAGAAGAAUAUAAUUGGUAUGAUUUUGAUGAGUCAGGAAUAAUUGAUGAGAGUCUUGAAGAAAUUUCAGCAUUGCAACCAUAUUCUAUUAUUAAGGAGAUCAAAGAUGGAGAAAAUGUAGUGGCAAUCGAGAUAAAACAUUUUAGCCAUCCACACAACUUAGUUUUAAACAAUGACGUCAAGGAUGAUAAAUGUUGUGACGCUUGCGUGCUACCCAUCUCUACUUCUUAUCAUUAUUGUUCACAGUGUAAUUUCUUUCUCCACAAAUCCUGCGCUGAAUUACCAAGGAAGAAACAUCUUUCGCUUCAUAGUCACACGAAGCCUCAUCAACUUACUUCAAACCGCAUUUUCAGAUGUGCACUAUGUUGGAACGAAACUAAUGGUUUUGCCUACACCUGUGCUGAAUGCAACAUUUGUUACUGCCUUCGAUGUGCUUCAAUUUCUGAUUCUCUCAAAUAUGAAGGACAUGAACACCUCCUCUCCUAUCAAAAGUAUGAAGGGUUGUGUAAUGCUUGUGGUCAAUCUUUAAAUUAUGCAUUCAGAUGUAAGCGUUGCAAUUUCUCUUUAGGUGAGGGUUGUCUCAAACUACCACUUAAAGCUCGACACAAAUCUGAUGUGCAUCAUUUCACACUCACUCAUCAUGAUAAUGAUUAUCCGAAAUCUCAUUAUUGUGACAUUUGUGAAGAAGAAAGAAAUCCAAACUAUUGGUUUUAUCAUUGUGGAAUAUGUGAUAAUUCAGCUCAUCCCAAAUGUGUUCUUGAAAAGUACCCAUUUAUCAAGCUUGGGAACAUCUACACAGAAGAAGGUCAUCCACACCCUCUCACUUUUGUCCAGAAGGUUCAUUAUUAUCCAGAAUGCCAAAGAUGUGGUAAGCCCUGCCUUGAUAUGGCUCUUGAAUGUAAAACAAUUGGAUGCAGCUACAUUGUUCACUGGGAGUGUAUAAAACCUCGAUUUUAAUUUCUUUUUUGUUUUCAACCAUAAUUAUUGUUGUUCAAGUCAUGAUGAGACAAAUAAGCAGUAUGAUAAUGAGACUCAAGAUUGCUGCUUUCCCUGGUUGUUUGUAAACUGUUUGUAAUUAUUCUAUGUAAGUAUUUGUGUCCUUGUUUGGAUUAUUAUCA